AUGAGAGCCCUGUAUGAGCGAAUACGACGCCUCUUCCACGUUGCAACCUAUGGCAACCAGAUCUCCCACGACCUGCCACUCGAAAUCCGAAGACUCAGAUACGAUCCCUAUUCUAUCGUGCUUGCCAUCAGCGGAAUAUGUCAAUCACAAGAUGAGACACGUGCAAGAGCAUCAUUCAGCGUGUUCUUCGCGAAGAACUCAUUCCGCAUCAUCGCCGCGAGAUUGCCAGCUUAUCGAAACCAGACAUCAAAUACAAGCCAGCUGUAUGCAGUUGUGGCUGCACUCCAAGGUGUGGAAGAGAUGCUCGACUCCGGUCAUUGCAUUUCGCAAGCAGUUUUGAUAAGUGAUUCGAGGUGGUUGGUGGACAGUCUGGCUGUUGCGGUCUGGCAGUGGGAGCAAAAUGCUUGGCGCAAUAACAGGGGACGACUUAUGGUGAAUUGGGAGUUGUUUAGGUGGUUGCAUGGCAGGAUUUCGAGUUUGCAAGCUAGAGGCUGUGAAGUUAAGUUUUGGACUGUUAGAAGGCGGUGGAAUCAGGAGGCAAUAGUGCUUGCCAGGUCCGCCCUCCGUUGA